AUGGCCCCGUGGCCCGCACCUCCUCCGCCUCCGCCUCCGCCUCCGUCUCUCGCCGCGCCGCCGCCACCCGGCGUCUCGGCUAAGGGCCCGCCGGCGCGCAAGCUGCUUUUCAUGUGCACCUUGUCCCUGUCCGUCACCUACCUGUGCUACAGCCUCCUGGGCGGCUCGGGCUCCCUGCAAUUCCCCCUGGCGCUGCAGGAGCCGCCGGGCGCCGCCGAGCCCCCGCCACCCUCGCUGCCGCCUCCCCCCGUGCGCCUCGGCGCCCCCUCGCAGCCGCCCGCGCCGCCGCCGCCGCCGCCGGACAACGCGAGCCGUGGGGAGCCGCCCGAGCCCCCCAGGCAGCCCGCCGCCCCCGGGGCCGACGGCUGGGGGCUGGCGAGCGGCAGCGGGGGCGCCCGGGACGCCUGGCUCCAGACCCCGCUGACCCCCGGCGAGAUGGUCACGGCGCAGAGCGCGCUGCUGGAGAGGGAAGUGCCGGAGUCCAGCACCACGGACGAGGAGCUCGCAGGCCGGAGGGCUGCCAACGCGAGCGGCAACGCCGUCAGCACCCCCGACUACGGCGAGAAGAAGCUGCCCCAGGCGCUGAUCAUCGGGGUCAAGAAAGGAGGCACCCGCGCGCUGCUGGAGGCCAUCCGAGUGCACCCGGACGUGCGGGCGGUGGGCGUAGAGCCGCACUUCUUCGACAGGAACUACGAGAAGGGGCUGGAGUGGUACAGAAAUGUGAUGCCCAAGACUUUGGAUGGACAGUUAACCAUGGAGAAGACGCCAAGUUACUUUGUGACAAACGAGGCUCCCAAGCGCAUCCACUCCAUGGCCAAGGACAUCAAACUCAUUGUAGUGGUGAGGAACCCCGUGACCAGGGCCAUCUCCGACUAUACCCAGACACUGUCAAAGAAACCCGAGAUCCCCACCUUCGAGGUGCUGGCCUUCAAAAAUCGGACCCUAGGGCUGAUCGACGCCUCCUGGAGCGCCAUUCGAAUAGGGAUCUAUGCUCUGCAUCUGGAAAACUGGCUUCAGUAUUUCCCCCUCUCUCAGAUCCUCUUCGUCAGCGGUGAGCGACUCAUAGUGGACCCCGCCGGGGAAAUGGCCAAAGUACAGGAUUUUCUAGGCCUCAAGCGUGUUGUGACUGAGAAACAUUUCUAUUUCAACAAAACCAAGGGGUUCCCUUGCUUAAAGAAGCCAGAAGACAGCAGUGCCCCCAGGUGCUUAGGCAAGAGCAAGGGUCGGACUCAUCCUCGCAUUGAUCCGGAUGUGAUCCACAGACUGCGGAAGUUCUACAAACCCUUCAACAUGAUGUUUUACCAAAUGACUGGUCAAGAUUUCCAGUGGGAACAGGAAGAGGGUGAUAAAUGAGGCUCACGAUGUGGUGGGAAGGCUGGCAAGUGGCUAGGGAGGCUCCUGACCCGAGUCCUGAAUCCCCCAGGGUCUGCAGCCUCAGCCUUGCUGGGGUGACAAGUAGAUCUCCUUCUUUGUCCAGUCAGGAUUGCUUCCAAGGCUGUUGGCUUAGGCAGAGAGAUGGAUCCCCUGGCAUGCUGAUAGGGUACCAGGCCUGCCUGGGUAGCAGCAUCUGGUUGACCAGCUGGCCACCAGAAUCCACUGCUAAUUCUUGUCUUCUGCUGGUUAAUCUAGUCUGAAGACAGGAUAAAUAGCUGUCAAGGUCAGAUACAGUGCCAUGAAUGUUUGUUUAAAUGAUAAGGAAGAAGGGAAGGUCUACUUUGGGCAGGGGCCUCUCACUUUAAUUUGAGAAGCCCGAGUUCUAGCCCCAUAUCUGGCAAAGGCCCCCUGCUCGAUCAACCUCUGCUUUGGCAUUUCGCCAGAAUACUAAUUGUGGCUGCUUGCUCCAGGACUCCUAGGGAGCAAGACCCUCCCUCUUAAGGUGUCUCAAGCCUUCUCCUUAAAGGUCUCAUCCCACAACCCUUUGACUUCCUCACUCCUCAUCUGAUGAAGGCAGAGGCAUGCACGUUCCUCACCAAAAAAAAAAAAAAAAAAAAAAGCUGACAUCCCUGGAAGCCUUCCUUCUAAGAGCCUUUGAAGGGCAGUUGGGUCCCUCUCUUCAUGAGUAUCCUGGGUGGUAAAGAAGCUUAGCCUAGGCCCUCCUUAGAAUCAGGCUCACAGGACUGCUCUAGAGCAAGGGAGUUGCAGCUGAGCCCAGAGCUCUGAGGUUGGGAAAGAUGAAGCCAUCUCUGGGAGUGAAAAAAGAAAACCAGUCUUCUUGGUGGGAGGUCUCCAUCUCUGAGACCCUCAGCAGCAUGGAUCUGAGACAAGCUAUUGGAGGGGCUCUGUCCUUUAGGGUCCCCAGAGGGGCAGGGACCAGAGAGCUGGCAUGUCUUUUGUCAUGAAUAACCUUUAGCGACCCAACCCACAGGGGAUUGAUCACCAUCUCUCUCUCUGGCCCACCAUCUCCCCUUCGUGGUCAUCUCAUGCUUCGUUUGCUCGAUUCAGAGAUGGCACAUAUUGGGGCAGCAACAAGAAGGCUGACUCCUUUUGUCAGACCCAGUGUCGGGGUGGGGGAGGGUAAGGGCUGUCUGCGGACACCCCCUCAAGGGCUGCUGCGUCAAAUGUCCCUUCCCAUUAGUUUGAUUCCAUUAAAAUGCAGCAUUUGACAUAAAACACUCUUCACAGAUCUUCAGAACCAGGAACUGUUCUAGCAAAAUUGGAAAUAUGUAUGAGUGGGGGGAGGGAGUGAAAUCUGUUCAACUGUUAUUAAACUGUCAUUUCUCCCGCUAACUGGAAACUGUGUUGUUAUAAAGCUUAAUGCAAUCUGAGUGAUGGA